GUAAAACAAAAGAGGAAAUAAAUGUAGUCGAAAACCUCGAUUUGAUAAUCAAAAGUAUGGAGCAACUAAGCAUUAAUUUUCAAGGAAAAAGUCAAUCAAAAAAAGGCCUUUGGCAAGAAAUGCAAAACAUUAACCUUUAUAAAGACAAAACAGAAAAAGGAAGAUUAGAUGCUUUUAGUGCCUACGAUGUUGUUGAGCGGGUUAAGUGA